GCAGGAGCUGCUGACCUUUCCGCAGGAGAGGAGGUCUUCUCCAACAACUGCGCUGCGUGCCACACUGGCGGCGCAAACGUGGUGCAGGCUGAGAAGACCCUGCAGAAGGAUGCGCUCGUUGCGCAUUGGUGUUUUGCUGAUAUGCUCCUCUCUGCGCAGGUGACCAACGGCAAGAAUGCGAUGCCUGCAUGGGCCGGCCGUCUGAGUGAGGACGAGAUCCAGGAUGUGGCUGCCUACGUUUAUGACCAGGCCUCCAACGACAAGUGGUAG